GACAUCCUCCAGAAAGCAAUAGUUCUUUGGUGUCAGUCAGUAGCUUAAAAAUUAUUGUCUUAGCUUCAGAACUUGUGUGCGUUAGCCUGGCAAAGUUGCUGGAGUUCAUAAGCGAUAUAGAUUAAUUUUCCUACAACGUACAGUUCUGUUAUGGAACUGGACAAAAUGGACGAGAACGACUGGAAAUACCACGGAGAAGGCAACAAAAGCCUAGUGGUUUCUAAUGUCCAGCACGCCAGAGUCCUUCGGCUCCUGAAGUAUUCUACAGAAGAUGCCGAAAACUCGCAUAAGACAACAGAACAAGCUUUUCGCCACAUACAGAACAUAGUUGACUAUAGUCAAAAUGUCAUGAAGCCACUGCUGGGGGAGAAAUUUGUCCACGACGGAGAGGCUGUGAAGCUCCCGCUGGACUUUGUCCGACAGCUGUCAUUGAAGGUCCAGCAGGAAAGGCCAGAGUCUCGCUGUGACAAAGUGAUGGAUACGUUUAGUGGAUGUGCCUUGUGUCUGCCUAACCUCACCCAGCUCUCCUCCUGCUGCUGCUGCUGCAGAGAACACAGACCUCCUCUCUGUAUAGAGAUUAAGCCCAAGUGUGGAUUUCUGCCGUCCUCUAGACACGUUACGAAAGAAAUCAAAAAGCAGGUGUGCCGCUUCUGCAUGCAUCAACAUUUUAAGUUGGCCCAUGGAAAGUGGAAACGGCUGAGCCGGUACUGUCCCUUAGACCUGUUCUCAGGGAACAAACAGAGAAUGUCCCUAGCCAUCAAGCACUUGAUAGAGGAACCUCAAAACAACUUUAAAAUCUUCAAGGGUGGAGAGUGUAUCUACAGCUGUAAGGAUGAUGCUGACGUGUUACAGGACCUGGAUGAAUUGGCUCAGCAUCUACGGCCAUACUUCCUCCCUAGUGGCAGCCUUAUGAACGGACACCAGUCCAGUAAGGUGGUUCUGAAUGAGUUGAUCCAGGUGAUCGUGAGUGCCCUGUUGAGCUCCUGGGACCCCAGGAAGACUCACCUGUCUGAGGGCAGAGUGAGGUGUGAGGCCAGCCUCCUGCACCGGGACCUGCUACGCAACACUAACCACUGCCUACCCAAAGAUUGCGUCCUGGACAAAAUUCUGGGGACUCAGAUGUUGGAUAAUUUAGACAUUGAGGGGUUAAACCCCCUGUUUAAACGAGUGGAGCAGCAUCUACAGGACUUUCCUAAAGAGAGAAGUAGCCUUCAGAUCGACGGACCGUACAGCCACAGCUUCCUGGAGAAGAUCCAGAAGUGUCCGACUGAAGACGACGGCUCUAUCGAGUACGCUGUCGGAAAGGUCCACCAGUACAGAGUUGCCAUGACAGCCAAGGACUGCUCUAUCAUGAUCACCAUAGCAACCUGUGGGGAGGAGGACGGGUUGGACCAGAGCCUGGAGAUCCAGCCUUCGAAGCCUCGCUUCACCUACUCCGUGUCCAUCCUAGACCUGGACCCUAAACCCUACGAGAGCAUCCCUCACCAGAGCAGACUGGACUCCAAGAUAGUCAACCACUACCUGAGGAGCACCCUGCCCAACAACCAGGAACUAGCCAAUCAGAGUGUCUUCCUGGGCUGGGACAGAGAAGGAGAGGACUGUACUCUGGUGUUCCAUCCUGUAUAACCACUCCCUCUGCUGUCUGGCCUUCCCGCUUGGUGUUACCUACACUCUCCCUCCCCCGUACCCUAACCCCUCCCUCCCCUAACCCCUCCCUCCCUCCCCUGUACCCUAACCCCCUCCCUCCCCCGUACCCUAACCCCUCCCUCCCCCGUACCCUAACCCCUCCUACUAUCCCCAGACUGAACGCUGCUGUGGAACUGAUAGAGCAAAAGUGAAUGAACUGAACUGGGAAAAAUCCUUUAAAAAAAAACGAAAAAGAUUUGCCAUAUUAUAUAACCUGAGUUUAGGAAACGGAGUGCUGUGUUCCUAAUGGCUCCCUAUGGGCAUUGGUCAAAGGUAGUGCACUAUAUAGGUAACAGGGUGCCAUUUGGGGAGCUAUGGUGGCACAUAUGACCCCGGGGUCUUCUGAAGCGAUGUCUUAUGGUGCGAGGCUCUGAGAGACCAUGGAUACAAUCAUGUCUUUCUUUGGAUUCCCAAGCUCCUCACGCCUAGCCUCCAUCUCCUCUCCCCUAGCCUCCAUCUCCUGACACCUAGCCUCCAACUCCUCUCCCCUAGCCUCCAUCUCCUCUUGCCUAGCCUCCAUCUCCUCUUGCCUAGCCUCCAUCUCCUCUUGCCUAGCCUCCAU